GACGUCAACUCGGGCGUGUUGCCUUUUUUGGUUCUGAAAUUGACAUGCAGACCAGCCCACUGGUUCACUGGGCCAAGAUAGAGGUAGAUGGAAGACACCAGUUUAGCUGUUUAGCCUACAGUUGGGUUUACUUCUACAGGAAGCAGUCAGUUUAUCUAUUGAAAAUGGACCAUGGGCGGAAAUGCAGUGUUCCAGGCUGCAUGGAGAAAGGGGAAGUUUUUCACAGUCUUCCCAAGGAUCCAAAGACUCGACAGGCAUGGAUUCUAUUUGUCCAUCAGAAGAUCCCUGCAAAGUUUGAUGCUCAGCUGUUUAUUUGCUCCAAGCAUUUUACAGAAGACAGUUUUCAGAACCUUGGACAGUUCAAAGCAGGAUUUGCUAAACUUCUUUUACUGAAACGAGGGGCUGUUCCCACCAUAAGGCCAUCACAACCACAAACUAGCACAUCUCAUGAUCAAAAAGUUGCAGCGUGCCGAAGAGAUCCUCCUAAUGUGGCAUCUCACAGGACGCAGCUUUCUUUCACUGCAUUGAGACCUCAGCAACGAAGUAAAGGCAUACAGGCAACAGCAGAAUGCCAGAGUGUGGCAGUAGGAACAACGGCUCCUUGGAAGGGUCAGAGGCCAGCAAAGAGACCUCGCCUUGAAUUUGAGGAGGAGUGGGUGGAAGGUGUUUCCUCUGCAUGCACUGAUCCUCAACAUUCCACAUACGAUCCUGCACAGUCCGUCACAAUGGAGGCAGAAUCAUCCCAGCUUUUCACAUCCCCAGUGACAUCAUAUGGCGAUGCAAAAUUCAUUGUUUUUGAGCAAUGCCUCUUCAGCCUGUUUGAGAACUGCCCUGUGUGCAGAAGAGCCUGUACAGUCCUGCCACGCAGAAGAGGAUCUUUCCUAGCGAUCGAUCAACAAUGCCCUCACUGCCGGUUCUUCAGACAGUGGAAGAGUCAGCCAGUUAUUGGGAGCACCCCUGUGGGCGACCUUCAGCUGUCUGCUGCCGUUUACUUUUGUGGAGCUUCAUUUUCAAAGAUGAAAAAGAUGUUUGAUGCAUUGCAGCUGAGAACACACUCGUAUGAUGCCUUCAGAAGACAUGCCAGAACAUACCUGGAACCGGCUAUAAUCCACAGCUGGAAUGAAUGGCAAUCUACAAAGCUUCGAACACUCAGUCAGGAAAACGGCGUCACUCUUGAUAUGCGAGCAGAUUCACCAGGACAUUCUGCAAAGUAUGGAAGCUACACAAUGAUAGAUGUGAAGACCAAUGAAAUUGUAGACCUACAGCUGGUGCAGAGCAAUGAGGUGGGGGGACGCUCAUGCAUGGAAAAGGAAGGUCUAAUUAGAAGCCUGGACCUCCUACAUCAAAGUGGUGUAAAGCUGGACGGUGUUAUCACCAAUCGUCACCCUCAGAUCCAGAAGAUCCUAAGAGAACGUAAAAUGACGCACUAUUAUGACGUCCGGCGUGUAGCAAAAGGGUUGUCAAAGAAGUUGGAACAGGUUGGCAAAGACAAAGGCUGUGCUUUGGUGAAGAAGUGGCAUAAAAGCAUAGUCAACCACCUGUACUGGUGUGCCACAAGCUCCGUCUGCGGAGCAGAGAAGGUGGCCAAAUGGAAGUCUGUGUUGAACCACAUGCAAGGUGUGCACAAUCAUUCUGAUCCCGCUUUCCCUAAGUGUGUACAUCCACCGAAGGCUUCGAAGGACCGUAGCAAGUGGUUUCAACCAGGUUCAUCAGCACUGAAUAGGCUUGACAAGGUCCUAACAAACAAGAGGUUCCUUACUGAUGUUGAAAAGCUCAGCCAUCAUUACCAGACAUCGACUGUGGAGUCGUUCCAUAGUGUCAUCCAGCGGUUUGCCCCAAAAAAUGUGGCUUUCCCCUUCAUUGGAAUGCUAUGCAGGUUGUACCUUACAGCUUUGCAUUUCAAUGAGAAUGCUCAGCGCCCCAGACGGAAGACGGCCAAGGGGAAACUAAUGAACAGGCUUGUGUUUCCAAAGGCCAAAAGGGGAGGUUACACAGUCAAAAAAAUGAAGACAAAGCCAACAAUUUGCUAUGUCAGUAACCUGAUGGGACUAGUGUUCAAAGAGAUCGUCCAUGACCCCCUUCGUUACGUGGAUGCUGUCCAGCGGAUUCCUGUUCCCCAGGACUUGCGUGCUCAGCUUCCCAGACCUUCCAGAGAGGAUGCUGUGGCUGAGCACGUGUCACGGUUAAGUGGAGGGGGGGUCUGAACCUGACAUACUGCCCCAGUGUUUCUGGAAACUCCCACCGUAUGCGCAGCACCAUACAAGAGGCGAUCACAACACCAGCUCACCAAAGAUCUGUAGGCCAAAUGUCUGCAUUGCCUUCAGAGAAACCAAAGUGGAAAGGAACACUUUUUUUUUAUUACUAUUUAUUUUUUGAAUAUUUUAUAUAUUUGAGUUUUACAGU